AAUAAAAACAAAAAAAAAUAAUUCCUCUCCUCUUCUCAUCUCAUCUCCCUCUCCUCUCCUCUCGCCGUCGCCGUCGCCGUCGCCGCCGCUCGCCGCCGGCGGGGAUAGAGUUCGCCGGGAUCGCCUCGCCGGGAGAGUUCCCUCACCAUCCCGCACCUCCGCUCGCCUGGCCUCUUCCUCCCGGAAGUGUGGUGUGCUGCAAGCUCCUGUCUCUCCUACAAGGUUUCAAAACCAAAAUAUGCCUGAAGCACACGGAAAGCUGGGGUGAUUAACGUCUGUUUCUUUUGACUACAAUCAUCCUGAUUCUGCUUCUGUCUGCAAAAACAACCAAGCCAUGACGUCUGUAGUUCAUGAUGUUUCAGGCAACCAUGGAGCUGAUGAGCGGCAAAAACAGCAAAGGCAAGGUGAACCUGAGGACCAGCAAGAAGCCUCAGUUACUAGUACAGAUAGCCAUACAAUGGUAGCAACACCUUCAACAGAUUAUGCGACACCCUAUGCCCAUCACGAUAUGGCCCAUGCAAUGCAGGGCCAAAUUGCUUACGCAAAUAUUGAUCCAUAUUACGGAAGCCUUUAUGCAGCUUAUGGUGGACAGCCUAUGAUGCAUCCACCAUUGGUCGGGAUGCAUCCAGCUGGACUACCACUGCCUACCGAUGCAAUUGAAGAGCCUGUCUAUGUUAAUGCAAAACAGUACAAUGCCAUAUUAAGGCGUCGACAAUCUCGAGCCAAAGCUGAGUCUGAAAAGAAGCUUGUCAAGGGCCGUAAGUUCGAGUUGGUCAGAAGCACAAGUGAACAACAACUUGCUUCAAGUAGUCGACUAAAUUCUCCAAUCUACAUAUCCCACUUCCAUACUAAGAUCAAUCUGCUCUACUGUAAAUCUUAUGCCAUAUCUCCAUGAGUCACGGCAUCAACAUGCCCUGAAAAGGGCUAGGGGAGCUGGAGGCCGAUUUCUUAAUUCAAAAUCGGAUGACAAGGAAGAGCAUUCUGAUUCCAGUUCCAGAGAUAAACAGGAUGGAGUUGCACCCCGUGAUAGUGGCCAACCGUCUACCUCUCCGUCUUCAAAGGGUGCAUCAUCAGCUAAACAAAAUAAGAAGUCAAAAACCAGUAACUAAACGGGAUUUAAGCACCUGGUGUGAAACAUGGAAACAGUUUUGUACAGUACAUGCUAGUGAUCGACAAAGAAUGGUGUCAUUGGGUGUUGUAGGAUAAUGCUCCAUAGAGAAUAUAUAGACAGGGCAACAGAUUUUGCAGCCUUUGGUUCGGUCUGCUCAGUUUCUUUACCUUCUUGUACAAUGAGUAGUUUUCGUCAGUUGUGCUUUGUCAUGGGGAUAGCUGAAUUUCUUCAGGAAGUCUUGUAGUUUUAAAGAGUUCAUUAGCUUGCCAAUUGUUUGCUUUGGAUUGGAUUGGUCUCUUACUGCCUUUGCAUCAUCAUCUGCAGUGCACAGAAUAAAACAUUGGCUAUGUGUAUGUUCAUGACAAUAAACCUUAAAUGUAGGACAAGCAGUGACUUCAUCUGGAGCUUUAUCUCUUCUGCACACACUCCAGAUGCCAAAUGAUAUUCCCAUCUUUCUCUUGGAAUAUCAUGUAUUCAUGUGAUCUUAACAGCUGUUAUGGCAAUCCAUGAUCUUAGGUUA